GUUAAAUAAGAAGAAGAAUAUCAUCAUGGGUUAUGUUUAUGCUAUGUUGGUUGGUUUUUGGUUUUAUGGUGCUGAAAGUCUGAAAGCUAAAAUUUGCCUUUUUUUUAUUAGCUAUUAGCUUAGCUAUGGAAGUAAAAGCUGAAAUUAAUGACGAGUUUGUUGAAGAUGGCUCAAAAUAUACAAAAUAUCAGCCACAUACAUCCCUUGACCAAAGAGACCUGAGGACUGAAGCAGAAGUAAAAGCUGAAAUUUUGGAAGGUAACCCAACAUAUAUAAUAGAGAGUCAGUUAUCUACAUCACUUGCAGAGGCGGCUCUAGCCCAUGUAGCGCCCGUGUGCAGUCGAUGUUCUGGCGCCCUAGUCAAAAUGGAAUAGUCGAAUAGGUACUAUUCCUAGUACUAGUACAUAGGGUAUUAGAGGGUAUUAGGUACACUAAACAAAAAUCCAGAUGUAAAUAGUCCAAUAUUAAAUGAUGUCGUGAGCCAAUAGUUAUUCACGGCGUCAGAACAACCUACCCAAAAGAGAGGCAGAUUGCAGACUUUUUAUCGGCAGAUAGUUUGCCUUCAAACUAAUUUGUCGGCCAAAUAUCGGCCGACAGUUUAAUCAGUGUGAGUUAACUAGGACUUGCGCGCACACGACGAUUGUUUAUCGGUCGAUAGUUCAAUUCUCUCCUAGUUUUGGUAUCCAAUACGAAUAUUUUUUUAACAUUUUGCGAGAAAAUGGCAUCGUCUAAUUCACAAUCGUUAAUUGUAGAAACCUGCAUGGCCCAAUUAGCAUGACUAGUUCAUUGAAGGUGACUAAGAUCAUCCGAUAAAAGGUAAAAAACUUUUUUGAGUAAUCAAGUAAUUUAGAAUACAUUGUGUAGAAUUUUCCACUAAAUAUAAUCUGUCACUGACAAUUCAUCAUCAGCGUCAUCAACAGCUAUUCCAUCCGUCGCCAGAAAAAAGCCUUCCAUAGAUGUAUCCAUUCAUUUUAGUUUGUUGUUUUCUGCAUCCAUUCGUGACCAGCCAUUCAGUUGAUGUCAUCAGUCCAUCUUGUUUGAGGUCUGCCUCUACUUAUUUUGCUAGUCCUUGGUCGCCAUUUAAGAAUUUGCUUCAUCCAACAGUUGUUUUCCAUUCUUCCUAUGUGUCCUGCCAGUUCCAUUUUAACAUGACAAUCUUCUGGAUCACGUCUGUUACUUUUAACCGUCGCGUCGUCUUAAUUCUUUCACUGUAAAUUGGAUGCACUCAAUACUCUCGGAAUUUCUUCUUGGAUUUCCUCCUCCAUUAUAUGAGAGCGAUAAUAACAUUUCUGGAUAAUUUUUUCAUUGUGCGACUACUAACUCCAACAGUCAAAUAAGAUCUUUAGUCGGUCUUCGAGAAUAGUCGGUCUUCUGUUGAUAGCGUGCGCCCUCUUCACUAACCCGACUGUUUAGUUGGCUCGGUAUGCUCACUAACAGCCCAUCCUGACUAAACUAUCGGCCGAUAAAAAGUCUGCAGUAUGCAGGGCUCCGCUUACUGCUGUGUUUUAUCCUUCCAGUAUUUUAAUUUUUGAAGGAACAAAAAAGUGUCAUUAUUUUGCUUUAAAAGUUCGAAGCGUUCGUCAAAUUUAGUAGUUGCGGUAUCUAAUAGGUAAUAGUAGAAGUUUACUUUAAAAUGUAUUUUCGCGUCAGUUACUGAUUCAUCUUCCGCCUCCUAUUUAAAAAAAAUCAUAUUUUAUGUUGAAACAAAGUAAAGUACCCGCUCUUUGGUGCUCGGCGCCCCUAACAUCCCGGCACCCGUGUGCACCGCACACCCUGCACAAUAGGUAAAGCCGCCUCUGAUCACUUGAUCUGGGAGUUCUGAAGAAUGAAGCAGAUGAGUAUAACUCAGCUAUGGCAGUUAAAGCUGAAAUUAAAGAUGAGUUUGUUGAAGAUGAAUCAAAAUAUAUCAAAAAUCAGCCAUUCACAUCCCUUGACCAGGGAGACCUGAGGACUGAACCAGAAGUUAUGGCAGUAAAAACUGAAAUUAAGGAAGAUGACUCAAGAUAUAUAGAGAAUCAGUUAUCUACAUCCAUAGAUCUGGGAGUUCUGAAGAGUGAAGCAGAUGAGUAUAACUCAGACUUUCUCAAAGAAGCGAAUACAUCAGAAACUAUGAAAACAACACUUGGACAUUCAUGUACUAAAGAACAACGUAUGGGCCAACCUGUUGAAGAAGAAACAUUAAAAUGCGAAAUUUGUUUUAAGCUGUUUACUGAUAGAAGUUCCUUGGAUAAACACAAAAGAUUGCAUACUGUAGAAAAAAAAUACAAGUGUAAAAUUUGUUUUAAGCAAUUUAGUGUAGCACAGCGUUUACAAUAUCAUAUAAAAAAGCGCGCAUGUGAAAAACCUUUAAUCAAGUGCGAUAUUUGUUUUAAGCAAUUUACUGCAGCAAGUUCUUUGAAAACACAUUUGAAGAUGCACGCUGGUGAAAAACCUCACAAGUGUGAAAUUUGUUUCAAGGCAUUUAUUACAAAAGGUGAGUUGAAGAUACAUUUGAGAAUACAUACAGGAGAAAAACCUUACAAGUGCGACAUUUGUUUUAAGCAGUUUAGAGUGAAAAGUCACUUGAAAAGUCAUUUGCGAACACACACUGAGAAAAAACCUCACAAGUGUGAAAUUUGUUUGAAGAGAUAUACUGUAAUAGGUGAUUUGAAUAGGCAUUUGAAAACACAUAUAGGGGAAAAACCUCACAAGUGCGAAAGUUGUUUUAAGCAAUUUCAUGAAGCAAGCCAUUUGAAAAACCAUUUGAGAGUGCACACUGGGGAAAUACCUUACAAGUGCGAGAUUUGUUUUAAGCAAUUUGGUGUAGCACAUAAUUUGAAAAUUCAUUUAAGAACGCACACUGGUGAAAAACCUUAUAAGUGCGAAAUUUGUUUUAAGGAAUUUUCUCAGAAAGGUCAUUUGAAAGAACAUUUGAAAAUACACACUGGAGAAAAACCUCACAAGUGUGAAACUUGUUUGAAGAGAUUUAUUAAAAUAGGUGAUUUGAAAACGCAUUUGAGAACACAUACAGGAGAAAAACCUUACAAGUGCGAAAGUUGUUUUAAGCAAUUUAGUCAAGCAAGCCAAUUGAAAGAACAUUUGAGAGUGCACACUGGGGAAAAACCUUACAAGUGCGAGAUUUGUUUUAAGCGGUUUACUAGAGCUGGUUCUUUAAAAGCACAUUUGAAAUUGCACACUGGACAAAAACCUCACAAGUGCGAAAUUUGUUUAAAGCAGUUUUCUGAGAAACGUUAUUUGAACAAACAUUUGAAAUUGCACACUGGAGAAAAACCCUACAAGUGCGAAAUUUGUUUUAAGCAAUUUGGUGAAGCGCAUUAUAUUAAAACUCAUUUAAGAACGCACACUGGUGAAAAACCUUACAAGUGCGAGAUUUGUUUUAAGCAAUUUAGUCAAGCAGGUUCUUUGAAAACACAUUUGAAAUAUCACUCUGGAGAAAGACUUCACAAGUGUGAAAUUUGUUUGAAGAGAUUUACAGUAAUAGGUGAUUUGGAUAGGCAUUUGAAAACACAUACAGGGGAAAAACCUCACAAGUGCGAAAGUUGUUUUAAGCAAUUUCGUGAAGCAAGCCAUUUGAAAAAACAUUUGAGAGUGCACACUGGGGAAAUACCUUACAAGUGCGAGAUUUGUUUUAAGCAAUUUGGUGUAGCACAGAAUUUGAAAACUCACUUAAGAACGCACACUGGUGAAAAACCUUAUAAGUGCGAAAUUUGUUUUAAGGAAUUUUCUCAGAUAGGUCAUUUGAAAGCACAUUUAAAAAUACACACUGGAGAAAAACCUCACAAGUGUGAAAUUUGUUUGAAGAGAUUUAUUACAAUAGGUGAUUUGAAAACGCAUUUGAGAACACAUACAGGAGAAAAACCUUACAAGUGCGAAAGUUGUUUUAAGCAAUUUAGACAAGCAAGCCAAUUGAAAAAACAUUUGAAAGUGCACACUGGGGAAAAACCUUACAAGUGCGAGAUUUGUUUUAAGCGGUUUACUAGUGCUGGUUCUUUAAAAGCACAUUUGAAAUUGCACACUGGACAAAAACCUCACAAGUGCGAAAUUUGUUUAAAACAGUUUUCUGAGAAAAGUUAUUUGAACAAACAUUUGAAAUUGCACACUGGAGAAAAACCCUACAAGUGCGAAAUUUGUUUUAAGCAAUUUGGUGAAGCGCAUAAUUUUAAAACUCAUUUAAGAACGCACACUGGUGAAAAACCUUACAAGUGCGAGAUUUGUUUUAAGCAAUUUAGUCAAGCAGGUUCUUUGAAAACACAUUUAAAAUUUCACUCUGGAGAAAAAUCUCACAAGUGUGAAAUUUGUUUUAAGCAGUUUUCUCUGGCAGGUUAUUUGAAAACACAUUUGACAGUGCACACUGGAGAAAAACCCUACAAGUGCGAAACUUGUUUUAAGCAGUUUUCUAAGAAAUCUCGUUUGAAUACACAUUUGAAAUUACACACUGACGAAAAAACUUACAAAUGCGAAAUUUGUUUUAAGCAGUUUGCUAUAGCAUAUUAUUUAAAGAGGCACAUGAAAGUUCAUCAUCAUCAGUAGCUCGAUUCAUUUUUAGACCUAUUUGUUCGACCUAUUUCCAAAGAAAUAGGUCUAAACUUUUGGGACACCCUAUAUAAUAUAAUCACCAUCAUGUCGGAUAAUGUAAUACACGAUAUUUGUACACGCAUUCUGUUCUGUUCCUUGCUUUGUUCUUCCAAUUAUUAAUCUCAAGAGUUUUCAGAUCUUGUUCCAUGUAUCUAAGUUUGGGUCUUCCCUUUGAUCUUCUCCCUACUGGUGUCUGCCUCAUUAUAUGCUGUGCUGUUUCAGUCUCCAACAUCCGUUCAACAUGGCCCAUCCAGCGCAGAGGUCCCAUCUUUCUGGAUGUUAUGACGUCGGGUUCGUUGUAGGCUGCGUAUAGUUCAAAAUUAUAUCGUCUGCGCCAUACGCCAUUUUCUUUUACCCCCUUAUAUAUGUGUCUAAGGUUUUUGCGUUAAAACGUACGUAAUAAGUUCUCAUCGCUUUUCGACAGUGUCCAUGUCUCUGAUCCAUAUAUCAUCAUCAUCAUCAGCCUCUCUCAAUCCACUGCUGGACAUAGGCCUCCCCUGUUUGUCUCCAAAGUGUUCUAUCUUGUGCUUGCUGUACAAAGUUUUUUGUUGUCCUUCGUAAGUCAUCUUGCCAUCGUGUUGGUGGUCUUCCUCUGCUACGUUUAUCGGCUCUUGGUCUCCAUUCAACUAGUUUACGAGUCCAUAUUCCGUCCUUCAUUCUGGCAACGUGUCCAGUUCAUUUCCAUUUUAAGUUACAGCUUCUUUCAAUGACGUCUAUGACUUUGGUCUUGACAUGAUCUGAUCCAUAUAUAAGGACCGGUUUUAUCAGGGUUUUGUAUAUUUUGCAUUUGGUUUUUCUCGUGAUGUUAGAUCUUAGAUGUUUAAUUAGCCCAUUAUAUGUUUUAUUAGCAAUGUGUAUUCUUCUCUUAACUUCUUCGCUGACAUUGCUAUCUGUGGUACCUAGUGAACCUAGAUAUGUAAAAAUUUUCACACUUUCGAUGUUAUAGUCUCCUAUUGUCAGAUUCUGUAGGUUUCUGUGGCCUGUCGAUUUGCUGGCCUUCAUGCAUUUGGUUUUUAUUUCAUUAAUAUUUAGGCCACUGUUUUUUGCCGCUCUUUCUGUUGCAUUAAAUGCAUCUAUCAUUUCUCUUUCGCUUCUACCUAUGAUAUCAGCAUCAUCUGCUAAUGCCAACAUUUGUACAGUUUUUUGUUAUUAUUGGUUCUCUGGUGUUGACUUUUGACUCUAAUUAUUUUCUCUAAUGUGAUGUGGAAUAUAAUACAGGAUAGGGCAUCUCCCUGUCGUAGUCCCGUUCUAACAUAGACUGUAUCUGUUAGUGCGUUUUGAAUUCGAGUUUUACUUUGUACAUUAAGCGUUUCUUUUACUAUGUCAAUGAGUUGAAAUAUUAAACUCUUUUAGGGCGUGGAUCAGAAAUUCUCGAUGGAUACUAUCAUAGGCACUCUCAAAAUCAAUGAAGAGGUGAUGUGUGUCUAUAUUAAAUUCACUAGUCUUUUCCAAGAUUUGUCUCAAGAGGAAGAUCUGAUCUAUUGUGGACUUCUGCCUGCAGAAACCACAUUGAUAUCCCCCAACUAUUUGUUCCGCAUAUGGUCUCAAACGCUCAUACACAAUAUUUGACAGUAUUUUAUAUGCCACAGUCAGUAGCGUUAUUGCCCGGUAGUUUUUACAUUGAAGCUGAUCUCAUUUUUUAUGUUGUGGAAUAAUUACUCCGGUAUUCCAGUCUUGUGGCAGUUGUUUAUUAUUCCAUAUGUUCACUAUUAGUUCGUGUAUCGCAAUUCAAUACGGAGUCUCCUCCUUACUUUAUUAAUUCUGCGCUAAUGUUGUCUAAUCCAGGUGAUUUGUUGUUUUUCAGUCUGGUAACUGCUUCUUGCAUUUCAAUUACCGAAGGGGGGUUGUUUCUCUGGUAUCCGUUUGAUCCAGUAUAAUUCCAUCGUAUAGAUCUCCGUUUUUUUCAAACUUAUCUUUUAAAAAUUCUGUCCAUCUUUGUAGUACAUAUUUCACUCUGUUGAGUUACUGUAUCUCCUUCUUUGUCUCUGCACAUCAUUUACGGCGUUUAAAAUAUCAUAUAACAACGCACGCUGGUGAAAAACCUUACAAGUGCGAAAUUUGUUUUAAGUAAUUUUCUCUGAAAGGUCAUUUGAAAGGACAUUUGUAAAUACACACUGGAGAAAAACCUCACAAGUGUGGAAUUUGUUUGAAGAGAUUUAUUGGAAUAGGCGAUUUGAAGAAACAUUUGAGAACACAUACAGGAGAAAAACCUUAGUGCAAAAGUUGUUUUAAGCAAUUUAGUGAAGCAAGUUGAAAAUUCAUUUAAGAGUGCGCACUGGGGAAAAACCUUACAAGUACAAUAUUUCUUUUAAGCCGUUUACUGCAGCUGGUUCUUUAAAAGCACAUUUGAAAUUGCACACUGGAGAAAAACCCCACAAGUGCGAAAUUUGUUUUAAGCAAUUCGGUGAAGCGGUAAAUUUGAAAACUCAUUUAAGAACGCACACUGGUGAAAAACCUUACAAGUGCGAGAUUUGUUUUAAGCAAUAUAGUCAAGCAGGUUAUUUCAAAACACAUUUGAAAUUUCACUCUGGAGAAAAACCUCACAAGUGUGAAAUUUGUUUUAAGCAGUUUUCUCUGGCAGGUUCUUUGAAAACACAUUUGAGAGUGCACACUGGAGAAAACCCUACAAGUGCGAAACUUGUUUUAAGCAGUUUUCUCAGAAAUCCGGUUUGAAUUCACAUUUGAAAUUGCACACUGGAGAAAAUACUUACAAAUGCGAAAUUUGUUCUAAGCAGUUUGCUAUAAAAGAUUAUUUAAACAGGCACAUGAAAGUUCACACUCAAGAGAAAAAGCUCAAGAGCAACCAUAAAUAUGUGGUUUGAUCCUAAAAGGGCCAAUGUCAAUUUCUUGAGGUUUUAUUUUGUCAACAUUGAAUUCGAAAAAAGCCGUGCAAAACAGCAUAUUAAAUUCAAAAGAAAGUUGUACAAAAAAGCAAAAAUUUGACAUUGGCCCUUUUAGAACCAAGCCACAGAAAUAAUCUUGAAAUUUAAUUUUAUGCCUUUCAAUUCAACACGUCUGUUUAUGCCCUCUUAUGGUUUAUUUUCAUUUUAAUGCCUUUUCUGAUGACGUGGCAACGUGGUAUUCUUAUACCGAUAUAUUUACUAGAGAUAUAAAAUUUUCGGAAAAAUUGGGUGCAGGAAAAAACAGGAAAAAUUCGGAAAAAUUGAGAUUUGUUACAAUAUCAAUAUACUAAACAUAUUCUGCAUCCCGUAUUAAAAUCGAUAAAUUUAGUAGAAUCGCAUAGAUCUAUAAUCAGAAGUGCCUUUUGUCUUUACAACAAAUUGCCCAACAAGCCCAGACUAGUUCUCUUAUUGAAAGCUUGCUGAAAUAUGUUGAAGAACGCUACGAAUUUUAAGCCGAUUCACUUUGCAACCAAUUUUCUUGAUGCUCGUUUUAAAGGAGAAUAAUGAUUGAAUGAAGACCAACUAAUGGAAGCUAUAGACGUCAUUUCUGAAAUGGCUCGUUCCCUUAAAAUAGAUGUAGGGAAGGUGGUGGCAAAUCUAACCCGACUUGGAACAAAAAUUGGAUUUUUUAGUCGAAAUUCUUUAUGGGAUAGUGCGAAUAAUGCUCAUCCCAUUAUAUGGUGGCAAGGUUUGUUUACAUCGCAGCCACUUAUGCUAAUUAUCUCCCGAAUUUUAAAUGGACCUCCAUCUUCCGCCUCUUCAGAAACUAGUCUUUACACAGCCUCAUGCAUACAGGCAAAAGAAAUACAAUCACAGGAUAAAAUUCAUGUUAUUCAUUUCAAUUUGGCUAUAAACGAAAAACAUAUAAAAAUCAUGUUGUUUUAUCCGUCCAGGAUGAUGAAGCGGGGAUCGAGUCUGAAACAGAUGCUUGGUCUGAAGAUUCAGACUCAGAUGAAAACCACUGAGCGCUUUGGUUAAAUAUUUUGCUUUCUAUCUUUGAAGUUUCGGUUUUGAUACUUUCAAUAAUAUUAUAAUUUUUAACUCUAUAUACAUGUUUGUUCUUAUAUCGUAGAUAUUAAUAGAUAUUAUUAAAGUAUGUUCCUGCAUUUAUUUUUACAAAAUAUAUAUGUAUUUAACAGA